AUGCAGCACACCACGUGCACAGAGGACAGGAUCUACCACGCGCUGGAAAGAUGUCUACACGGGCUUAGCAGAGAUGCUGUCUCCAGCAGAUGGGCUGCGGGGCUGUGCCUGAACUGCUGGAGCCUGCAGGAGCUGGUGAGCCGGGAUGCUGGCAACUACCUCAUCCUGGUGGAGAAAAUCCUCUGCAAGGCCAAGGAGGUGCAGGAGAAGUGUGACUACGACCUUGUGAUGCCCCUGGCUCUGCUUUUCUACUACGCGGUCCUCUGUGCUCCCUACAUCCCACCAGGCUCUGAGCUGCUCCUGAAAGCCGCCAGCAUCUACCACAGCUUCCUCACCUGGCCUGUGCCCUACUGCGACAUCUUCCGUGAGCUGCUCACCUUCAUCAGUGAUGAGCUCAAGGCCCCAGGGAUUUCCUUCCAGAGGCUGGUGAGGACAGAGCAGGGGCUGCCUGUGAAGAACUACCAGAGCUCCACUGUGACUGUGCUGCUGCUGAACCGUUCCGAGGUGCAGAGCGAGUUCCUCUCCAUCGCCGAGAAGCUGAGCGGCACGGAGCCCCCGCGGCACGCCACGCUCGUCCUGCUGCUGGAGCACCUCUACCAGGCCACCUUCGGCACCCGCUGCGACCUGGACAGCCUGCACCGCCUCCUGAAGGCCAAGCCGCUGGAGGAGCUCUCCGAGGUCUACGCCAGCGCCGCCGAAGCCCAGGAGAUUGCGGCUGCCGGCAGCGACCCUGCGCUGGCCCAGGAGCAGCUGCAGUGCGUGCUGCGGGACCUCGCCGGGGCGGCCGCCCUUCCUGCCAUCGCGGAGGAUGCUCAGCCCCGCAGGCUCCAGCCCAUUCCCAUCCCCGCUGCCCGCUGCUACACUUACAGCUGGGACCAGGAUAACUUCGAUGUCCUCAAUGAUGUCCUCAGCAAGGAGUGCAACGUUGUCGAGCCUGUGGCCUCAGAGAAUGAGGAGGAGGAGGAGGAAGAAGAGGACGUGGAAACAGAUGGCUGUUCCCCAGAGCGGGACUCGCUGCUUUCCCCCAUCUCCACAAUUUCCAAAGACUCCAUGUACUCGGCGCUGGCAGAAGAGGGACCUAAGCACUCACGCAUGUCCCUCUUCACCGCUUCCAAGGACUCCAUCUCAGAGCUGACGGUGGUCUCCAGAAAGUCCUUGCGGUCUUUUGUCUCCAGCCUGAAGGACUGCAUGGACAGUGGGUACGCGGAGGACAGUGACGAGAGCUCUCUGGACACAGUUGGGCGGCCAGAGCUGAAGGUGGAGAAGCCCCACCACAAAUACAGACACACGCUGACCAACAAGAUCUACAAACUGUUCAAAAGCAAAAGCCAGCUGGUCCUGAGGAGGGACCUGAAGGGCUGCCCGGACACGGGCUCGCUCCCGCUGCGCCGUGCCGAGAGCCUGUGCCACCCCCAGGCCAAGCACCGCGUGCCGGCGCGCUCCCGGCGCGCUCACUCGCUGCCGCAGCACGUUCUGAGCCAGCGGCUGCAGGCGCUGCACGCCCCGCGGCUCCUCAGCCUGCCCCGACGGCCCUUCCUCAGCUACGAUGAGGACGCCAAGGUGUCCACCCUGCGUGUGGUGGUCUUCGGCUCCGACCGCAUCUCAGGGAAAGUGGCCCGAGCCUACAGCAACCUCAGGCUGAAGGAGAGCACCUGCCCCACACUGACAAGGUACUUCAAGCUGCAAUUCUUCUACAUCCCCGUGAAGAGGAGCUGCCUGGCUCCAGCGGCCCCGCUGACACAUCCUCCCCUGUCCCCAGGGGACCUGCAGCUCCGGGCUUCGGCACAGGCAGAAUCCACCUUGGCUGGGGUGGAGAGCAGCACCAACGACAUCUCCCACUACAUCGGCAUGUUGGACCCGUGGUACGAGCGGAACGUUCUUGGGCUGAUGAACCUGCCCAUGGAUGUCCUGUGUCAGUCUGCCAAGCCAGAGGCUGAGCCCCAGGGGGACUCGCAGGAGCAGCUGCCCAUCCUGGCCGACAUGAUCCUCUACUACUGCCGCUUCGCCACGCGCCCCGUCCUGCUGCAGCUCUACCAGACAGAGCUCACCUUCAUAGGGGGGGAAAAGAUGACCGAAGUCUUCAUCCACUCCCUCGAGCUGGGCCACUCGGCAGCCACACGGGCCAUCAAGGCUUCAGGUCCAGGCAGCAAAAGGCUGGGCAUAGAUGGAGACAGAGAAGCAAUCCCACUAACACUACAGAUCGCCUACAGCAAGACAGCUGUCAGUGGAAGAAGUCACUGGAAUGAUGUUGAGAAGGUCUGCACAUCCGUCAACCUCAGCAAAGCCUGCAAGAAGUACGAAGAGCUAGCCUCAAAGACAGAGUGUCUCAACUUGACCAUGACAGAGGUGGUUAAAAGGCAAAACUCCAAAUCCAAAAAAAGUUUCAAUCAGCAGCUCAGCGUGUCCCAGAUAAAAGUAGACAAGGUCCAGAUUAUUGGUGUCCAGUCCUCCUUUGCCGUGUGCCUGGACCAGGAUGAGCAGAAGAUCCUGCAGAGUGUGACCAGAUGUGAGAUCUCUGUGUGCUACAAACCCCGGGACAGCAAUCCCUUUGCACUGAGCAGGUCCUCUUCGACUGCCCAGGACCCUUCUGAGUUCCAUUCUCUCCUGUGUUUACCCAUUUCCACCUUCAGUGGAGCACUGCCGUAG